AUACAGUGUAUAAUGUGUCCGGGGGUUGUAUUUACCAAGCGCACUCGGAGACCCAUGUGAGAGCUGAGAUGGCGAACGGGGAUGGCAGCACGCUGGAAAGCUGUUUACAGCGUUUAAGCAGCAACACAGUUCACCCGGAGUUAUUUCUCAGUGUACAGGAUGCUUUGGCAACAGACUUCACAUCACUUACCAAGACUCUUUAUGAUCUGCAUAAAGUCCACGAGCCUGCAUACGGCAAAGGCAGUCCACUGGUGCAGCUGGCCAUCGAAAACUUUGAUGAGGAGCAAAUCUGGCAGGAGCUGGAGCUUCAGAACACUGCAUUACUGACACAGUUUGAGAAGUCAGUUGAGCAAGCUGUUGCAGAUGACACGAUAACAUUUUUUGAAGAUACGGAGGAGGAGGAGGAUGGGGAAGUGGAUAAUGGUUUGGAAGAAGAGAUUGAGGGUGAAGAUGAUGAUGAUAAACUUGAGGAUGAUGAUAAAGAUGAAGAGGAGAAAAUUGAGCAGAGGCUGAAGCCAUCGGCAAGCAACGAGGAAGACGACUUCUCUGGCGAAGACUCAGAUUUGGACUUUGAUGUAGAUAAAUUUGAGAAACAAACCAAACAGAGACAGUCCGUUACCAAAUUAUCAAAAUCUAAUGGGACUCCAUCAGAAGUGGAUGACAGGUUUUUCAAACUGUCUGAAAUGGAAGCUUUUCUGGAUAACAUGGAUAAAAGAGAGGGAAAGGAGAGCGUAGAUGAGGACAUAGACUACUUUCAGAAUUUGCCAUCUGAUGAAGAGGAGGAACUAAGGUUUGAUAAACCAGUCAAAUUGAAACAACAGAAAAAGAAGAAAAGCUCCAGAGAUAUGAAGUACAAAGAUUUCUUUGCUCCAGUGGAUGGAGAGUCUGAACAGAGAGAUCCGGAUGAAGAGAAUGAACCAGAAUCUAAUGAUGAUUAUGAGGGAGAAGAUGAGGAGGAUGAAGAGGAUAUGAAUGAGGAGGAUUUUGAAAUGGAAGAGGAUGACAUGGAUGAUAGAGCAAGAGAUGCUUUACGCAAGGUGACCUUUGACCUUCCUGAUGAGAGUGAGGGGGAGGAAGUGGAAGACAUUCUGGGUGGAAAAGCAAAAAAUCUGCUUAAACCUGAGGUCAAGUCAUCCUUUGAAAAGCGACAGGAAAAGAUGCAAAAACAUAUUGAAGAGCUGGAGAAUGCUGCGUUGUCAGAGAAGCCUUGGCAGCUGUCGGGAGAGGUGAGCGCUCAGACUCGACCGGAGAACAGCAUGCUGGAAGAGGAUGUGGCGUUUGACCAGGCCUCUAGGAUGGCUCCUGCAAUCACAGAGGAAACUACCUUACAGAUUGAGGAUAUAAUUAAACAGAGAAUUAAAGAUCAGGUGUGGGAUGAUGUGGUAAGGAAAGAGAAGCCCAAAGAGGAGGUGUUUGAAUAUAAGAAGAGACUCACUCUGGACCACGAGAAGAGCAAACUGAGUCUGGCUGAGGUUUAUGAGCAGGAGUAUAUCAAACAGACACAGGACAAGAAGGAAGAGGAAGAGAACCCAGCGCAUGUAGAAAUCCAGAAACUUAUGGACACCCUUUUCCUCAAACUGGAUGCUCUAUCAAACUUCCACUUCACACCAAAACCACAUGUUCCUGAGGUGAAAGUCGUUUCCAACUUGCCUUCUAUUUCUAUGGAGGAAGUGGCUCCAGUCAAUGCCAGUGACGCCACACUGCUGGCUCCAGAGGAGAUUAAGGAGAAGAAUAAGGCAGGAGACAUACUUGGAAACACAGAGAAAACCACUACCGAUAAGAAACGAGAAAGACGAAAGAAGAAGAAACUGAAGCGUCUGAAGAUUCAUGAGCAGGAGAAGAGACAAAAACUCAAAGAGGUGAUGAAAGGCAACAAAAAGAAGAGUAAAGCUGAAGUUGAAAAGACUCUCAAGAAUCUUACUAAAGGAGGAAAAGCGAAAAUACUCACGAAUGAUGGCAUGGAUAAGGCCCUGCGUUCCUCUCAAGCUUUCUUCACCCAACUACAAGACCAAGUCAAGAGCCAAAUCAAGGGCUCAAAGGACCAGACAGCAAAGAAGAAGAAACAAAAAGAGAUUUCUGUAAGCAAGCUGAAGUUGUAAUGUUAUAACCUGUGUCAAAAACAAUAUGUACAGUUAUUUGUUUUUUGAGAAAUCUAAUUGACCUUAUAUACUGUCAUUUUUAUUCAAAUACAGAUUUCUUUUUCCUGUA